ACCAUCCGGGAAGCGUGCUUCACUGUUUGGGGAAAUACCUUCACCGAACGGUCCUUCCAGACUUCCAGCGCAGGGCUUUAUCUUUCUGUUUUGUUUUUAUGCUAGUAACAGUCUCCACUGCGUCGCGUUUAACGGAAACAACAGUGCUUCUCUGUGUUGCUGGGACGGUCACUGUUGUCGUGUGUCUUGGAGGGAACGGUUCGGAUUUGCCCUGACUGACUUCAGCUGCACCAUGUCCGAUUCGGUCCUGCUGCUCCUGAUACUCUUCCUCCUGCUGUGUUUGGUGCUGACGGUCGGUGGGCUGCUGGUGUACUCGGGGCUCCUUUCGGAGGUGGUCGUUAAAACGGGGGCUCCUCCGAUUAGGAACGUCACUGUCGCCUAUAAGCUCAAGCAGGGCGCCUACAAGGACAGCGGUGCAGCCUUCACGGAGACCUACAGCAUUGGCCCCAACCUCAGGCCCAUCGGGAUUUUCUACGAUGACCCCAAAAAGAUUCUUCCAGAGAAAUGUCGCUACAUAGUGGGCAGCGUCCUGUGCGAGGGCGAAGAGAAACCGGACGAAGAGCUGCUGAAGCUUUACGAGAAGUUUGGCUUCAAGGUGUUUUCUCUACCGGAAGUGAGCCAUGCGGUGACCACCGCCUUCCCUUGCACCACCAGUCUGUCCCACGUGCUGGCUGCUCACAGGGUUUAUCGGGAACUCUGUUCCUACAUUGAGGAAAGGAAACUAUGUGCCUUCCCAUUUAUUGAGAUUUUCCACUCGGAUGUCAUCAACUACAUGGCUCCUCUGUGUCGCCAGAUGGACUUCUAUGUGCCAGAACUCACAGAGCAGGUCAAAACAGACGGGAAAGACGAGGACUCUGAUGAGGACAGAGGAACUGACAUUACAGGUGCAGAUUCCCACAGCGACGUGAGCUCAGUGAGCGGCGGCGUGCCUUGGGACAGCAGGGAGACUUCGCUGGCAGCUUCCACCGCUGCCUCUCUGGCCUCCUCUCUGCCCCUCAGAGACAUAAUGGACUCAAAUGAAGACAAUAAGCACAGGGAGCACAGCGACAGAGGUUCAAACGACUCUGUGGGCAGCGGCUCAUCCUUCGAAGAACUUGACAUGGACCAGGAGGAGCUGGAGGAGGGAGACGGAAUGGAGGGCGAGAAGGAAAAAGGAACCCCCGAAGAAGAAGAAGAAGAGGAGGAAGGAGAAGAAGAAAAAGAAGGUGCUGGAGAAGAGGCUGGAUUGGUUGCAAAGAGGAAGUUCCUGGGAGACGGAGAGGAGUAGGAAGGACGCUGGAGAAAGAAGGGACGUGGCCGUUUGACUGGCAUGCUAGAGUGUUUCUCAGCUGUGCUGUGGUUGGUUAUCUGUCAGAGUUGUUGGUGGAUCUAAAGCUGUUCAUGCCAUGACCAACACCACCUUUUUCCUGCACCUUCUAACAAAGCCUGUACUCUUUAACGUAAUCUCAGAUUUUAGGGGCCCUGGUUGUGUGUUUGGAUGCUGCCAGGACACGAUGCGCAGUGACAGGUGUUUUCAUUUCAACCAGGAUACGAUGUAACUGUGGGUCCGAUUUUUGGAAGGUUCGAUUUAAAACACCUAAAAUUAGGAGUAAUUGGGUUGUUAAAUACAUAAACUGCUGCUGUUUUAGCGAUUAGACCCGAUAAAUUAUUUAUUUUAAAAUAAAAAAAGAAAAAGUAAAAUCGGAGGCAAUAAAACAACUUAUUGACAUCACCAGCUUUUCCUUCGAGAGUGUACAGGUUAUUCUGUCAUAAUCACUUUUUAAUGCGAUCUGUCUUUCCAAAUUUACACCAUUAACCCACUCUUCACCCAGUUUAUUUUCUUCCCCAUGUAGCCAGAAUUCGUCUAUCAGAAACUAUUUGUGUUCUCUUUGUAAGUUGACAUUGUGCUGGAAAUGUAGAAAUGUAUUGCCAUGUUUGUGUCCCUCUGUGCUGAAUAAAAUUUUCAAAUGGGAAGUGUA